AAGUUGAAGUUCUAGAGAGACAACUCUCCCACUUUCUCUCUCCAUCUCCCUCUGGUCUGAGCCAUGGCUACUAGGGUGGCGAGAGUUGCUGACUCAGCAUCGUCGCUGAUCGGAAUUGUUGGCCGUGGCUGCGUAUCCAAGAUCAGGUGGGCCUCGUCUUCGUCGGAGGACUCUCCGAAGCCCAAUAAGAAGAUCACCGAUCGUCUCUCCGGCGUUAUCGACGCCGUCAACGACCGUAAACUCCCUCCGGAGCUUCGUGGCCAACGUAACGCCGUCAGGUCUGAAACUGAUAUCACAAAUAUUGUUGAGCAAAGAAUAUGGCAUUCCAUGGAAGAAGGGCAGUUUGAGAAUUUACCGGGGAAAGGCAAACCCCUUGACCUCAAUACUAAUCCUCAUGCUGACCCAGCUGAAGAUACCUUGUACAGAAUUCUUUCAAGGAAUAAAUGUGCACCGGAGUGGGUUGAGCUGAAUAAAGAGAUCAGGUAUGAUAUUGCUGGAUGGCGAUUAGCCCUGCAGAGAGCAUCGGCACAUAGAGAGAACGGAAACAACUCGAAAUGGAUCGAGUCUUCAGAGGCUCUGAAAUUGCAGUUGCGUAGCAUCAAUAAUAAGGUUUUCAAGUACAACCUGAUCGUACCUUUUGGUCGCCAGAUGUUUGGACUGAAGUGGGAGAAGGAACUAGAUCGGUUGAAUGAGAAAAAAGUAGACUCCUAAGAACAAUGACACAUCUCAGAUGUUCCCUUCUGGUUGUUCUAUUUGUGUUACUCUCGUGUUCUGGCCCUCAGCAUGGAAAAUGUUGUAGUCAUAGAUGGAAUAGGACAUUUGUAUUUCACUGUAUUAUAUAUAUUUUGCUGGAAUGUAACUGAAUAAUUUGAAUCCUGUUGUUUAUUUACCAAAUUCAUGUUGUUUUCACAUUUCUUUUCCAAAAUUUCUACACGUACAAACAUAUUCAUGUUAAAUUAUGUUGUAACUAUCAUUGAACCCA